AUGUCUUUCAAUUUUAAUCUCGUUUUGUUCUUCAUCUUCUUCAUCUCAAAUCUCAAGUUUUCAACAUCCCAACAGCAGCAAAAUAUUUCUUCAUUUUCAAUCUCCAUCUCCCCAUGGACUCCAUCACAAAGCAGAAUUCUCCUCUCCCCCAACUCCACUUUUGCUGCAGGUUUUUUCAAACUACCUACUUCUCCAAAUCUCUACACCUUUUCUGUUUGGUACCAUAACAUAUCGGGAAAUACCACCGUCGUCUGGUCGGCGAAUGAUAAGUCUCCGGUGGGCAGCUCGGGUUCUUUGAUCAUUACGCGCUCUGGCGAAUUGCGCUUGAUCAAUUCUACCGGUGGGCAAAACCUGUGGCCUGCUUCGGGCACGAAUGGAUCUGAGCUUACUCUACAGGCCUCUGGGAAGCUUGUUUAUGGAAAUUGGGAUAGUUUUUCGAUCCCAACUAAUACUUUUCUUCCAAACCAGAGUAUUAAUGGGUCUACACUUGUUACGAAGAAUGGGAAGUUCAAGUUUGAGACCAAAAAGCUUGUUUUUGUGCCAGAAAAUGAUACUUACUGGACCAGUGUUGUGGGUCAGAAUUUUCUUAUGUUGGAUGAUUCGGGGAUCAUUAUGCAAGAAAAUAAUCAAAUAUACUAUUCUUCGGAUUAUGGUGAAAGGAAGUUGAGAAGAUUGACACUCGAUGAAGAUGGAAAUCUUAGGGUAUACAGCUAUGAUCCAAGCUCAGGGAAAUGGUCUACUGGCUGGCAAGCUUUGUUUCAGCUGUGUACAAUUCACGGUACGUGUGGUGCAAACUCUAUAUGUAUGUUUAAUGUUACAGAUCUUUCUACGUCGUGUAUAUGCCCUCCGGGGUACAAAAGAGGGCCUAAUGAUUCGUGUGAACCAAAAAAGCCAAUAAUGGGAAACAGCAAGUUUUUGCGUUUAGAUUUUGUGAAUUUUACUGGAGGGUUAAACCAAACUGACAUUAAGACGAGGAAUUUUUCAACUUGUGAAGCACAAUGUUUGGCUAAUCCGAAAUGCUUAGGCUUCUUGUUUAAAUAUGAUGGAACAAAUUAUUGUGUUAUACUGGACAAGAUGUCUUUUGGAUAUUGGUCUCCAGGUACAGAGACUGUCAUGUACUUGAGGGUUGAUAAAUCUGAAGAAGAUGAAUCAAAUUUUACUGGCAUGACUGAUUUGAUGGAAACUACAUGUCCAGUUAGAAUAAGCCUCCCUUUACCCCCAGAAGAGUCUACCACAACCACUAGGAAUAUUGCCAUAAUUUCAACUCUGUUUGCAGCAGAGCUUCUUAGUGGUGUGUUUUUCUUUUGGACAUUUCUCAAGAAGUACAUCAAGUAUAGGGAUAUGGCCAGGACCUUUGGCCUUGAAGUUAUGCCUUCUGGUGGACCAAAAAGGUUCAGCUAUGCUGAGCUUAAAGUUGCAACUAAAGGUUUUACAAAUCCCAUUGGGAAGGGUGGUUUUGGUGUGGUUUACAGGGGAGAAUUAAGUGAUGGACGUGUGGUGGCAGUGAAGAGCCUGAAGAAUAUUACUGGAGGCGAUGCUGAUUUUUGGGCGGAGGUCACAAUUAUUGCCCGGAUGCACCACCUCAAUUUGGUCAGGCUAUGGGGAUUUUGUGCUGAGAAGGGUAGUAGGAUACUAGUAUAUGAGUACGUGCCAAAUGGUUCGCUAGAUGAGUUUUUAUUUCAAACUGUUGAGGUGGUGGAAUCAUCUGAAACGGAGGAAGAAACAGUUGAAAUUGUUGGUUCAAAGAAGAAGCCAAUAUUGGAUUGGAAUAUCCGGUAUAGAAUCGCAUUGGGUGUGGCAAGGGCAAUAGCCUAUUUGCACGAAGAGUGUCUGGAAUGGGUUCUACAUUGUGACAUCAAGCCCGAAAACAUUCUCUUAGGGGAUGAUUUUUGCCCAAAGGUAUCAGAUUUUGGACUGGCCAAAUUGAAGAAGAAAGAAGACAUGAUGAGUGUGUCACGAAUGCGUGGAACCCCAGGGUACAUGGCACCAGAAUGGACACGGCCAGACCCUAUCACGUCAAAAGCCGAUGUUUACAGUUUCGGAUUGGUUCUCCUGGAAAUUGUUAGUGGUUCAAGGAAUUUUGUACAACUAGAUCCAAAGGUGGAGAGUCAUCAAUGGUUCUUCCCAAGGUGGGCUUUUGAUAAAGUUUUCAAGGAGAUGAAUGUGGAAGACAUAUUGGAUCAUCGGAUCAAGCACAAUUAUGACAGCAAAGAGCAUUUUGAUAUGAUAAAUAGGAUGGUGAAGACUGCAAUGUGGUGCCUUCAAGAUAGACCAGACAUGAGGCCAUCCAUGGGGAAAGUGGCUAAGAUGAUAGAGGGGACUGUUGAGAUCACUGAGCCUAAGGAGCCUACCAUUUUCUAUUUGUCAGAUGAGUGA